GCAGGCGAUCCCACUGUGACUUUUAUUUCCAAGUCCUGGAAUCCGGAAUCAGACUGAUCGUAAUCACACAUGGAUUAUGCUUUUUUCGCUCUUUUUUAUUUCUUUUUGCCUUAGAGGAAACUUUCUCAGCAACUGUUUUCACGUGGAUUGCUUUCUAGUGUCAGAGCCAUGAUUUGCUUCUUAAGAUGGACUGCUUUCCUUUGGACUGUAAAUACCAUUCCUUGCACUUUUGGAAUGGCAGUGAGUGAACAAACAGAUGGCUCAUGUCCCCCUCUGAGUGUAGAGGAAAACAGGUUUUCUGAUAUUUUAGAUCGUCCCCUAGACAUCACAGGAUUUGAUCUCACAGAAAAGUUUCUUCUCCGAAAGGGAACGGUCACAGAAGACCUGCCGUCAUUUCGUUUAGGAAGCAGUCCACUCAUUAAGCCAACAAAAUUAAUAUACCCAAAUGGGUUUUCAAGUGAAUACUCACUUGUCACCAUCUUCCGAGUAAGAAGAACUACAAAGAAAGACCGCUGGUAUCUUUGGCAGAUAUUUGACCAGUCAGGAGGCAGUCAGGUAUCUGUUGUGGUUGAUGGUGGCAAGAAGGCGGUGGAGUUUUCUUUCCAGGGCCUGCUGAAGAACGCUCUCCGCUACACAUUUAAGAGCCGUGACCUACAUGCCCUCUUUGAUCGUCAGUGGCACAAGCUGAGCAUUUCUGUACAGUUUAACAUAGUCUCCAUUUACAUUGACUGCAAGCUAAUAGAAAGGAGACUGACCGAUGAGAAGGACAACAUUGACCCCAGUGGGCGCACGCUCAUCACUACGAGAGUGGAGGAUGGGCGGCCUGUAGAUAUUGAACUGAAACAAAUUCUAAUCUACUGUGACCCUUACAUGGCUGAAAUGGAAAAUUGCUGUGAGCUACUGCAGCCAAAGUGUGAAGCCGAGAAGACAUUUAAUGGGACUUCCCCUCCCGCGGUUACAGCCCAGCUCCCCCAGAUGCUGUCUCAGCCGACCUCAAUUGACAGAUGUCACUGUCCAGCUGAAAAGGAAAAUGCUGGUCUGCAAGGUGUAGUUGGACUUUCAGGACAAAAAGGGGAUAAAGGAGACAAGGGCGACACAGGGGAGGCCGGACUUCCAGGAAACCCAGGACAUAAGGGGGAACUUGGAUCAGAAGGGCAAAAGGGAAUCGAUGGAGAGAAGGGUCUGAAAGGUGACCCAGGGCCAGUUGGUCCAGUUGGUCCAGUUGGUCCCAAAGGAAACAAAGGUGAUGUGGGUCUGCCUGGAGCUGCGGGGCUGCCUGCUGACAAAGAAUGUCUCAAAGGAGAGCAGGGCCCUCAAGGUGACAAAGGAGACAAGGGAUUGGCUGGGGUGCCAGGUCAGCCAGGGCAACCAGGCAAAGAGGGCAAAAGGGGACGGAGAGGAAAGGCAGGGGAGCCUGGACCCAGAGGCCUGCCUGGGGAGAAGGGUGAGUCUGGAGUCCCAGUGGAAAAAGGGGAGAAAGGAGAGAGAGGAGAACCCGGUCCGCCAGGUGCAGAGGGGGCCAGCGGGAUGAAAGGACAAAAAGGUGAUGUUGGCCCUGCUGGUCCCCCUGGUCCUGUGAUGACAGCUCACGGAUUAAGACAGCUCUCUGGAACUGAUGAAAUGAAGGAGAGGACCCUCAAGGGAGAAAAGGGAGAUCAGGGGGAGAAAGGAACUCAAGGACCGCAAGGCUUCAAGGGAAACAUAGGGCCGUCAGGACCAAAGGGAGAUCAAGGACCAGAGGGCUCGCCAGGGGAUCCAGGGGUUCCUGGGAGAGAGGGCCUGAAAGGAGAAAAGGGGGACUCUGGUGGAGUGAUGGGGCCACAAGGACCUGUAGGUCCUAAGGGUGAGCCUGGACAGCCUGGAGGUGCAUAUAUGGGCGAUGGGUUGUCUCUAACCAGAGGGUCUCGCGGGCCCAAGGGUGAGAGAGGGGUCCCAGGAUUGCCAGGAGACCAUGGUGAAAAAGGCGAACCUGGAGCGAGUAUCAUCGGCCCGCUUGGCCCCAUGGGACCCCCAGGAAAGCCGGGAAUUGAGGGCCCUCGCGGACCCCCAGGUUUAUCUGGCCCUCCUGGAGCUUCAGGAAGGGAGGGCUCCCCUGGUAGACCAGGCCCCCCGGGACCUGCUGGACCCCCAGGUGAACCAACUGCCCUGCCAAUUGUUGGAGACAUGGGUGCUUUACUUAAGAAUGCCUGCAGUGUGUGCCAGACGAGAGUCCCAGGGCUUCCUGGGCAGAAGGGAGAGAAGGGGUCCCCUGGAGUUCAAGGAGUAGAAGGCAUGGUGGGAGAAAAGGGGGAUCCAGGUGUAAGAGGUCCUAUGGGUAACCCUGGAAAGGAAGGCCCAAAGGGAGUAAAAGGAGAGAGAGGGUUCCCAGGCCCUACAGGAGAUAAAGGUGAUGAGGGGCCUUCAGGAGUACCAGGACUUCCUGGUGUGACUGGUCGUGCAGGGACCCCGGGGCUUAUGGGUAGACCCGGGCCAACAGGCCAACAGGGAGGAAAAGGAGAAAAAGGGAAUGAAGGACCACCGGGCAGACCAGGGCUUCCAGGGCCUCCGGGUGUACCCUAUGUGGAGGGCAAUGGGAUGAGCAGUCUGUACAAGCUGCAGAGUGGUGGAGCUAUUUUAGGACCCCCUGGAGCUCCUGGUGCUCCGGGUCCCAAAGGAGAUGAAGGACUUGCAGGGGAACCAGGGGCCAUGGGAUUACCUGGGUUUGAAGGGCUACCUGGUGCCAAGGGUGAUAUUGGUUUGACUGGUCCACCUGGGAUACCAGGUCCUCCAGGGAAGCCCGGCCCUCGUGGAGAGCCAGGGAUCCCAGGAGAGCCGGGUGAGAGGGGGCCGCUCGGAGAGACAGGAUUCCCAGGACCCGAGGGACCCCAAGGUGUUGCUGGGAGACCUGGAAAAGAUGGAACUCCUGGAUACAAGGGAGCUACAGGUAGACCAGGGGACAGAGGAUCCAAAGGAGAACGUGGUGAUCCAGGGAUUCCUGGAGAAAGAGGCGUUCAAGGCGAGAGGGGUCGCACAGGAGAUCCUGGCACUAUUGGACCAAUUGGACCAACAGGGCUAAGGGGCGAUCCUGGCCCUCCAGGACAGUUGGGGAGUGUAAACCUCUUGGGUGAUCCCAGCUUCAUGGAGGAACUCAAAAUGUUUGUCAGAAAGGAAGUAUUGAGGGUCUUUGAAGAGAGGCUAUCGAGCGCUGCCAUGCUGCAGAAGACACCCGCAGGCAUCUUAGCUUCACAAUUCCAAGGGCCUCCAGGACCUCCUGGCAAUGACGGAUUACCAGGCCCACCAGGAGAGCCCGGACCUCCUGGUUCUCAAGGAUACAGGGGUCAGAAAGGAGAACGAGGCCAGCUUGGUCUGGGGUUACCAGGAGAUCCAGGAGUCAUGGGGCCACCAGGCCCUCCUGGGAUCACUUCUCAGGGCCCUCCAGGCUCACCAGGGCCCCGUGGACCUCCUGGGACAUGUAACCCCAGUGACUGUCUCCUUCCAUCCCUAUGAGCCCAGCAGAGGCUGGUUUAGGCUGGUUCGAGGACAGACGUCCAGCUCCGAACUCAGUGCUGCAGCCACAGAGCAGGAGAAGGACGACCUCGCUGUAUCUGACAGCUUCCUCAGCUCUGGUUUAUCGGACAUACUCACAACUGACCUCUUUUGUUCACUUUACAAUAACAUUUGGAUGCAGUCAGGUAUUUUAUUUUUUAUUUUUUGUCGGGUUUGUUUUGAAUACAAUAGAAAACCUUUGAGUUGUUUUUUUGUUUUUUUUGCAAUGCUAUACUUUUAAGUUAUUUCUUGUUUUCAUAUCCCCUACUGUGAUGUAAUGCAUUCCUUGUCAACUCUUAUUAUGUCUUUCAAGACCAUGAAAUGACUUUGUUUCAUCAAGUUCAGUCCUGUAUGAUGAAAACAUGAUCUUAAUUAUUUGUUUGCCUCCUUAAUGGGCAUGGCUAUUCACUCUUCUGUUCUUAUUCAGAUAAGCCAAUGUGCUGGCAGAAGGUUCAUCUCGUGUGAGUGUGUGUGUGUGUGUGUGUGAGAGAGACAGAGAGAGAGAGAGGGAGAGAGAGACAGAGAGAGACAGAGAGAGAGAGAGAGAGAGAGAGGGAGAGAGGGAGAGAGUAAGACAGAGCGAGAAAGAGAUUAGCUGAAUGAAUAUACUAGUUUUAUAUGUAGGUAUGAAAAAAUAACAGAUUUGUGAAACUCCUUGUGCAUCCAAAGUGCAGCAGAUGUGUCUGAUAUGGAAAUUAUUUAUUUUAUUAUUAUUAUUAUUAUUUUAAGUGUGUUCUUCAAGAAUGUAUUUAAAAGAUGGUACUAAUAAUUGUAGGAAAAGUAGCACGGAUAUUCUGUAAUAUUAUUACUAGAUGGUGGAUUUCUGAAUUACUGAAAGUUUUGUUUAAUGAAAUUAUCACUCAUGACACAUUUGCAUUGUGCAUGAUAAUCAUUUUGUUAAAAAGAAUCUGCAUUAUAAUCAUUUAUAAAGAUGUCUUCCCAUUUUCUGUCGGUUAUGCGUCAAUACUGAGCGCUUAUCAGUGAGGUUUGCCAUAUCUUUUGUAAUACAUAAACCUACAACUCAUACUGUCUGUCUAAGACACAUAAGAUCAAGGGCAGAUUUUUCCACAUGAAAAGAAUGUACUUUAAAUGUUGUUUAUGUUUAAUGAUUGCGACCUUACAUUCACCUGUUGGUGUAAUCUGUAAAUCUGUAAAAAAAAGUUGAACGAGUGAUUGUGUUUUUUUCUUGUUUCCUGUCUAAUGGGGCUUGUAAUGGGACCUGACAAUAUAAUUACAUAAGCAAGUUGCCAUUGUAAUGAUGCAUCAAGGUUCUCACUUUUGUUAUCAAUCAUACAUCGCUGCAAAGAUUUUUGUGUCUGUCUGAGAUGAUGAUUAUUAACAUUUAUUGUUUACAUAGUGUUGUGUAUGAUGAUUCCUCUGGUUUGUAUAUUUUUGAUUUUCUGCCACACAAAGGAAAUCGGACUACUACACUACAACUUCAGACUUGUUAUUUUGGUGAAACGUGUACUCAUAAAUGUACUUGAACUUUCUUGUUGUUUGUUUCAACAGCAUCAAGGUCUACAUCCUGGUUUUCACUCACUGACCAGCACUGUGUGUCACUAUGUACCGUUGGGUUUUGGGGCUCUUAAGACUGGAGUUUUGAUUUAUUUAUUUGCUAUAACAGGUUUCAGAGUCAUUUUAGUGUUCUCAACUAAUUUCAGAAGGUUUUGAGUCAACUUUACUUAAACGGGCCAUAUAGUAUAUCAUAUCCAGAAAUGCACGAAAAUCUUACUGAGUACAAUCACUGAAAAUUUGCAGACAAAUGUUCCCAGCAUUCAAACUUUGGAUUGAAAUUAAUGCCAUUUGAAGAUUGCAAAGAUUUUUAAGGAAAUGCACAAUUUGUUCUUCCAAAGAGUAAUCUAAACUUUAUAAUCACACUAAACAAUUAACUUUUAUACAGCAGAAAAACAUAAUUGGCCUGCAGUUUAUAUUACUUUCCUCAAACUGUCAUUUUGAGCGCUGUUUAAUGAGAGUUUGACUCAAAGGCUUUAAUUUUACUUUUAAGUGUCCUGCUGUGAUUAAUGUUUGAAAAGUUCUGUGGGUGUAUCUGAAAUUUUGUGACAUUAAGAACUUGGUUCUAUCUGUAUUUCAUCCUUUAAGAUCUGUUUGACACUUUUUUAAAAAUCCUUUUUACUUCAUGUCUCACAUCAUCAUGCUUCUCUUACACAUGUGAAUUAUAACUCACAUCUUACUUUGAAGCUUCAGAGCAAGAUAUUUUUCUCUUCGUGCAGGCUUGGUUUUAUCUUUGCUAAAUUUUUAUCAGUGCGAGUGGGUCUAAUUUUAGAUGGGUAUUGGCUCAAAUGUGUGUGACUGACUUCAUUUGUGAGUUGAAGGAGCCCCCUGCUGGACAUUUAUAUUUUCUCAUUGCUUGUUUGUGAAUGGAAAACAAUCUUUCUUUGGGUUAUGAGCUACAUAAAAUCCCCUCCUUCAAUUGGCUUCUGUCCUUUCAUCGCACUAAUUUUCAUAUUCGGUUUAAUGGGUUCCCCUCAAAGACAAUAAAGCCGACCUUGACCAAAUUCAAAUGAGACAGCAUCAGCAAACUAAUGUGAUCUGAACUUUUUGUUGCACUGAUGAGAGCAACUCUCUGCGUAUAUUGAAUUUAGCUUGAAUUGAUAUUAAUGUGCACCGGUUUGUGACUUCAAUUUAGCUAAACAGUAUGAUAACUAUGGAAGACACAAAAUGGCUGCUGAUGUCACAGCCCACUUCACUAGCAAUUUGGUGCCAGCCAUUUUACAUCACUCCAAGUUAAAAUCCAUUUAUUCUAAAUGGAAAAUGUCAGAUGAAAGCAAGCUCAAAGGAUGGAGGUGUUGAAGGAUCCUUCAAAAUGAAAUGCUGUUAUACAUCUAAAAGGAUAACAUCAGUUUUAUACAUCCACACAUUUCAUUAUUGCUUAUUUUUUACAGUAAUGUGAGUUGAUCCCGUUCCCACAUAUAAUCUAAUCUUGUAAAUAAGCUUGUAAUGAGGGGGAAUAUGGAUCAGCCCCUCAGCAUGGCCCCUCAGAUUAAAAAUGUCUGCCUGCUGCUCUCACUGUAACUCCUCUCUGCUCCUAUAUAAGCUCAUGUCGAGCUGAGUGACUUUAAUGUGUGUUUUUGAAAGUCUUUGUUUCGUUGAAUAUAUCUACCUCAGUCUUGGUUUACCACACAUCAAGAUUAGCUAUUUUGGAAAAAAAUAUCACAACACUAACUGUUGCCUUUUAUUAAAAAAAAACAGCAAUUGAAACCUCAUGUGAAUGUAAAAAUAGAAAUAUUGCAGUUGUGGAGGUUGACAUCAGUCUGCUUACCUGACUCUCGAUAAAGAAUUAGGGGCGGUGAUGUUCUGUUGUGCAGGGGUUUUCCAGUGUGUAUGUGGUUACCAGGUAUCAGAGGUUAUAUUUUACACUUUUCUUUGCAGCAUCUUUUAUUUACACUGAUUAAUGGCACCUGCCUUACACGUGUGCAAUAAAUGUUAUUCAGUGCUUUA